AUGUUAUUCACUAACCCAGUUCCGGAGAACACUACCUCUUCAAUUGACCUCCCUAGCCUCAAUAAUUUGGGCCUAAUUGAUGACGCCGUGAAGAAAUACAAGACCUGGCAGCAGUGGCGUUUGGGUGAUGAGGCGUUGAAAGCGGAGGCCCAAGAGGCGUGCGAUGUAGCUCUAGAUGAUGGACUGGACUUGGUACAGAUUGGAGAAGACAAAAAUCCCGAUUACCAGUACUUCCGCUACCUUGUCUUGUAG